CUUCGCGAGCGGACGCGGGACCGGAAGUGGCGAGGGCGGGGUCCGCGCUGAAGGGAAAGUGGAGGCCCCGCGAAGAUGCUGCUGGACCUGUCCGAGGAACACAAGGAGCACCUGGCCUUUCUGCCGCGAGUGAACAGCUCGGUCGUCGCCGAGUUUGGGCGGAUUGCGGUGGAGUUCCUGAGGCGAGGAGCGAACCCCAAGAUCUACGAGGGCGCCGCCAGAAAACUCAAUGUGAGUAGUGAGACUGUCCAACAUGGCGUGGAAGGAUUAAUAUACCUGCUCACUGAAAGCUCAAAGCUCAUGAUUUCCGAACUGGAUUUCCAAGACUCUGUUUUUGUUCUGGGAUUCUCAGAAGAAUUGAACAAAUUGUUGCUUCAGUUUUAUCUGGAUAACAGAAAGGAGAUCAGAACUAUUCUGAGUGAACUGGCACCAGACCUCCCCAGUUACCACAGCCUUGAAUGGCGACUAGAUGUACAGCUUGCAAGCAGAAGCCUCAGGCAACAGAUAAAACCAUCAGUGACUAUAAAAUUACACCUUAAUCAGAAUGGAGAUCGCAACACCAAAGUUCUGCAGACAGAUCCAGCUACCCUGAUGCACUUGGUUCAGCAACUGGAACAAGCAUUGGAGGAAAUGAAAACAAACCACUGUAGGAGAGUUGUGCGCAGUAUCAAGUAGUCCUGGUUUUAAGUUUUAUUUCCUUUUAAUUGCUUGUGAAUUAAUGAUGUGCAGCAAUUACUUUUAAAAACUAUUUUUUUAGUUAAUUGAUAGUGAUAACUACAUAUAGAUUCUAUGAAAGUUUUUUUUUCCUAUGACAAGAUCUGAAGUCAUGUUCAAAAGCUGACAUAAGUUUCUUUCCUGGUGCUAAAUGUGGUCAGCUUCUUGACAAAUUAGGAUGUAUUUUCUAUUUUAAAUAUGUAAAUAGGAUUGAAUCAGCUGAAAGUGAAUUUAUACUGUUCAUAUUAUCUGUAUAUAUGAAUGAUUAUACUUGUCUUAGUACUUCUUUUGACUACUUAACUUUAUUAUUUUCUUCCUUAUUGACCAAAAUUUGAAAAUAAAAUUCGCAGUAUUACUAUUACUAUACUGUUACUAUUCAGAAUGUUUCUAGACAGUUCAGUGUUUUUGAACUUUAAAAGCAACUCAUGGAUGUUAAUAGCCACAGAAUAGUUGGAAAUAAAUAUGAAUUUUUUUAAAUGCUCUAUAGCUUAGGCAGUUCAUGCAUUUUUCUUUGCAUAUUGCUUAAGUUUGAAUUGUCAUGGCUAAUUAGCUUAAGUAUUUAGUAAUCAAAUUUGUGCAAUCAUAUAUAUUACAUUUUAUCAAGGACUACUUUUUGCCCGAGUACCCAAAGUGUCUAAGAUACAUGUUGUCAUUUACAUUUAUAAACAAUGCUUGCAGGAGUAAUAUAAUUGAUUUUUAAUUAUCUGGCUAAAAAUUACAGUCACUUUUUAUAUUUUUGUUUAAAUAAAAUAUAAAGAAGGCAAAGGAAGACCAUGUUUACUACAUUCCAGGCUUUCUUCCUUACAAACUUGA